AUGAGUGCCUCACAACAACACGACGAGGACUCCAAAACCCUCGCCUCAAUCGUCCCAACCUUCACCCCAUCUUCAUCUUCCGAAUCCGCCGCCGUCAAGUCAACCAUCAGCUCCCUCUCCCUCAUCGAGCACGUCGAAGGAGGCUACUUCGCAGUCACAGACGUCUGCAACACAAAGAUCCCCUCCCCGUACCCGGCCACGCCUCUCUCCCAGCAUACCAUCGACCUCGUCAAUGGCCUCCCCGAGGACUUCGACUACGCGCUCCGCCGCCUUUCGACGACAAUCUUCUACUAUUUGACCCCCAACCGGCCUCAAGGCUCGUUCCACCGGAACCGAAGCCGCAUCAUUCAUACUCUCCAUCGAGGCCGUGGCCGCUACGUUCUUAUCCACCCGGAUGGCCGCGUGGAAUCCUUUGUUGUAGGGCCCAACAUUGAACGCGGUGAGAAACUGCAGUGGGUUGUGGAGGGUGGCGUGUUCAAGGCGAGCUUCCUCCUCCCUGACGAGGAUGGCCAGUCUGGCAGCGGUGGCCUGCUCAUCUCGGAGACUGUUACGCCUGGGUUCGAGUACGCUGAUCACGAGUUUCUGUCUCACCAACGGUUGGUGGAAGUUCUUCCGGAAGCCAAGGCUAAGGCGCUGGAGUGGCUUGUUAAGCACUGA